AUGUCUCAAGUACUCAAUGUACUCAACCUCGAAAUAGGUGAUCCUUCGGGAUCACAGUCUUUAGGUUCAGGAUCGUCAGGGUCUCUUGCGUCAUCUGCCCCUACUAUCGUUUUCGUUCAAGAUCUGGUCAAUGAGGUGACCGCCUCAGUGUUACAGGCCUCAGGCUCCUCAGCAGGCAGUGGAGUCGUUGAUGAAGAGACAAAUAGUUCUAGCUCAAACUCGAGCAGCUCACCAAAACGCCCUCUUGAAAAGGAGUCUUCCAAGUCUUCAAAACGCCUCAAAAAGUCUUCAGGUGCAGCCUCAGGCUCCUCUCUUAUCACCUCUGCCCCUGGCACUGGCUCAAAACUCGAGCAACGCCUCGGUGGCAUUCUCUGCUGUGCCGUUUGUCUCGACCUGCCUAAAUCCUCCGUCUAUCAAUGCACCAAUGGGCACCUAAUGUGCGCCGGCUGUUUUACCCAUCUCCUCGCGGAUGCUCGAAUUCGAGACGAAACUGCGACCUGUCCCAACUGUCGCUGUGUCAUCUCGAAGGAUGCCUGCAGUCGAAACUUGGCCGUUGAGAAGGCCGUUUGCGAACUACCUGGCGUGUGUCCAUUCUGCAGCCAGGAACUGCCUCGUUCCCUUCUGGACAAGCACACGGGUGACAUCUGCGAGGAGCGCAUCGUCUCUUGCAAGUACGCCCCCAUAGGAUGCGGCUGGAACGGGCCCCACCACGAAGCAGAGUUUCACGCCGAAUUGUGCCAACACCCCGAGAAGUCUGGCAAAACAGUGCUGCUGUUUUUGCAGUCGCAAGAAAAAACUGCCAAAGAAGAUAAGAAGCUGUUUGACUCGCUUUUCAACUUGCUCUCUUUUGAGAAGAUCACCCUGAAUGACCUGCAAUUUCGUCCAUUUCGAACUGAUGAAUACAUUCAUAAGCUUUUUUAUGAAACUGCCCGCUUUUCUGCCUUUAAUCUGCAGUGGGUAGUCAAAGCUCGGGUCACGGGUCACAAUGAUGAUCAGCGUGAUCCAACGCAAAGCUGCGAACGACAGUUGAGCUUUCAGUUGUCUCUCAAAUCGAAGCUUGCCACUCCAAUGACUAUCCACUACAUGAUUCUCAAGGGUCCAUUUGGAGAUAUGAAGGCGCUGCCAAAGAUUUUAAAACAUGAUUUUACCGAGUCAUCUCUUGAGUCUUCCUUUAACCGCAUCAAUUUGGUUUCUUCAGCCGAGUGCAACCGCUUGCUGGCUGCCAAAGUGAUCAAUUUUCGCUUGAUUAUGUUCCAAGCGGCCAAAUGA